AUUUUGUGCUCUCAACAUUUGUUUUGAUUCGGUAACGAUAUACGUAAAGUUCAGAUUUCCAUUCAUGGCUGCAAUAGCGUUUGUGCGCCGUUCUUUUCUACGUUCUCACAAGUUUGCAGCUAAUCGAAGCUUCCACAUGUCCUCUGUCCGUGAGCGAUCGGAAAAGGUGCUGGAGGAGAUGAAGGAGAAAAAUCCGUACUUUGAGAAGUAUGCGAACAAAAUCGCGGCCGUGCAACAAAGUUCGCCGGAAGAAUUUCUAUCCCGGCUCGAUAGUGUCGAGAAGGAAAAGAAAAAACCUAAAUUUGGACCUUCCGAGGUGGAACGGGACUACACGGAACUGCUACAACCGAAAGCACCGCUAGGCACGGAAGCGACGAGAGACCGUUCACAUCGUAAGCUCAGCGAUAUCAUGCGCUUGGAGUUAAUCGAAGAUAAAUCAGCCGAUGAUAUCAAGCAUCUGUGGUUGGAGUAUCAUAAAAACAAGGAUGUCAUUACGGCUGCAAUUCCGGUGGAUCAGUUCAAGCUGAUGAUGGCUCGUGCUAAGCUGUACCCUGUGUUUAUCCUUCCGAUACCACGAAGCCAAGGGUACGAAUUCAUAAUGUUGCAGUUUGCGGCAAACACGGUGCAUUUCACACCGUUGUUGAAUUACCAGGUUCACAAAGAAAAUGCACCCGAAUGCUUAAACAUUACCAUGUUCACCGAAUGCUCGGACAAAGGAAUUGUGCUAAUGCGGGGAGAAUUUGACACGAAAGUGCUCAACGCCCAAGAAGCUCAAUGUUUGGCCAAUCAAGUACAACUAUAUUACAGUCAAAACAAUGAGUCCAAAUUGCGCCUGCUGGACACGUUUACUCAAAAUCCGGACAAAUUCAAGCAUAUGGAUAUCAUAGAGGAGUUAAAUAACUUGAAAAUUUAA